CCGGCUGCGCAUGCGCCCCUCACACGUGCGCCCCGCACGCCGCCUCCGCCGCCGCGGCCCCGCCGGCAUCAUGCUGCGCGUUCGUGCCCUGCGGCUGCUCCGCCGCCGGCGGGCGAGUGGGGUCUCGGUCCCGGGGCCCUCUGGCCCGCGCCACUGCAGCUCGGGCCCUCUCGGUGUGCGCGACGAUGCCCCUGGCGCCCGGGCCUUCUUCACGACACCCAUUUUCUACGUGAACGCGGCGCCACACAUCGGACACCUGUACUCCGCGCUGCUGGCGGACGCCCUGUGCCGCCACCGUCGCCUGCGAGUCCCCAGCGCGGCCGCCACGCGAUUCUCCACUGGCACCGACGAGCACGGCUUGAAGAUUCAACAGGCAGCGGCCGCCGCGGGCCUGGCCCCCGCCGAGCUUUGCGACCGAGUGUCUGCCCAGUUCCAGCAGCUUUUCCGGGACGCUGGCGUCUCCUCCACCGACUUCGUCCGCACCACCGAGGCCCGGCACCGGGUCGCCGUGCAGCACUUCUGGGGCUUGCUGGAGGCCCGGGGUCUGCUUUACAAGGGGCUCUAUGAGGGCUGGUAUUGCGCCUCCGAAGAGUGCUUCCUGCCCGAGGCCAAGGUCACCCGGCAGCCGGGCCCGUCGGGGAAUGCGUGUCCUGUGUCUCUGGAGAGUGGGCAUCCCGUAUCCUGGACCAAGGAAGAAAACUACAUUUUCAGGCUUUCCCAGUUCCGAGAGCCGCUUCGGCGCUGGCUGCGGGACGACCCGCAGGCAGUCACUCCCGAGCCGUUUCGUCUCGCAGUUCUUCAGUGGCUGGAGGAGGAGCUGCCGGACCUGUCGGUCUCUCGAAGGAGCAGCCACUUGCACUGGGGCAUUCCCGUGCCCGGGGACGAUUCGCAGACCAUCUACGUGUGGCUGGAUGCCCUGGUCAACUACCUUACCGUAAUUGGCUACCCGAACGCGGAGUUCAGAGCUUGGUGGCCAGCCACCUCUCAUAUCAUAGGCAAGGACAUUCUCAAAUUCCAUGCUAUCUAUUGGCCUGCGCUCCUCUUAGGCGCCGGCAUGAGCCCACCUCAUCGCAUCUACGUCCACUCCCACUGGACGGUCUGUGGCCAAAAGAUGUCCAAAAGCUUGGGUAACGUGGUGGAUCCCAGGACUUGCCUCGAUCGCUAUACUGUGGAUGGCUUCCGAUACUUUCUUCUUCGGCAGGGCGUCCCCAACUGGGACUGUGAUUACUAUGAUGAAAAGGUGGUUAAAUUGCUAGAUUCAGAGCUGGCAGAUGCUCUGGGAGGCCUCCUGAAUCGUUGCACUGCCAACAGAAUAAAUCCUUCCGGGACCUACCCGGUUUUCUGCGCCAACUGCUUUCCCCCUGCGCCAGGGGUGGCGGGGCCAUCGGCUCGCGCUCAGGCUGAGGACUACGCCUUGGUGAACGCAGUGGCCACCUUGCCCAGGCAGGUAGCCGAGCAUUACGAUAACUUUCAGAUCUAUAAGGCUCUGGAGGCCGUGUCCAGCUGUGUCCGGCAAACUAACGGCUUUGUCCAAAGGCACGCACCAUGGAAGUUGAGCUGGGAGAGUCCAGUGGAUGCCCCCUGGCUGGGUACCGUGCUUCAUGUGGCCUUGGAAUGUUUACGAGUCUUUGGAACUUUGCUCCAGCCUGUCACCCCAAGCCUAGCUGACAAGCUGCUAUCCAGGUUGGGAGUCUCUGCCACAGAGAGGGGCCUUGGAGAGCUCUUUUUCUUGCCUCGAUUCUUUGGAUAUCCAUGUCCUUUUGAAGGGAGGAGGCUGGGACCUGAAACUGGGCUUUUGUUUCCAAGACUAGACCAGUCCAGGGCCUGGCUAGUAAAAGCCCAUCGGACCUAGAAACUUAGUUCUUAAUUGGCUUGUGAUAAAAAAGCAAAUGUGUUUCUUAUUUUGCAUUUUCAGGAAAGUUAUACUAAUGUUUCCUAAAGUGUUGCAUCAUAUGAGCACAUAAACCAUGUCCCUGUGAAAAGAGGUUUGUCACCUUUCAGGUGCCUACCCCCCUACUCUUCAGUUUUCUGUACCCAUUAACCACUAUCCUUUGCACACCAAUGUCUCUAAGAUGUCUCCAAGGUAAAGAUGGGGAAGAGACAACUUUGCUGAUACUAUUCCUUCUCAUUGUGCCUCCUUCCAAGCCACAGUUAAUGUUAUUUGCCCAGACUACCUCUUAUGGCUUUUCAUUGGCCUGGCCUCUGCUGGGCAAGUUAGUGGAGAGUGGGGGUUGGAGGCUCCCCUACCUCAGCUUUUACAGAGUACAAUUGUACAGAGUACAAUUUUGUUAUGUAUAUUGGGUUUCCUAUUAAAAAGAGAUUUUUUUUUAUUAAACCUUUAAAAGCCAUUGUCCUCAACUAGAUGGUUUUUGCCCAUGUUCGUAUUUUCAGUUCUUAAAACUGUAACUCUGUACUUUGUUAAUAGUCUAAUAGUUGUGCUUUUUAACAUUAUACGUCAACCAGUAGAUGGCUCUAAAGUCUCAAAUAAUUACUUGACAAUGACCUUUCAGAAUAUUUAGAAUAAAUCAGUUUUCUGCUUUCUAAUUAUGCAGAAUUUAAAUUUAGAGAAAAAUUUUUAUUGCUUUUCUUAAAAUAAGGGAUAACUGUAGCCACUGCAGUUUCACACAAAGCAAUAAAAAGAUCACUACUGAAAAAGGACAUAUCCUUUAUUAAUAUUUAGUAAUCUAAUAAGUAAACUUACCAAAUUUGUUUGGACCAUCUGUGAUAAAUUAUAAAGCUCUCGAGGUAGUUGGCAUGUUAAAAAUUUUAAACUUUAGUAACAUUAAGUUUACACAUACGACUUAAGAAAUCUGUAAAUAGUUCAGAGUGGUUAUAUUUUUUUUAUUUCUUAGUUAUAAUUAUGUCACCACAUACAGAAUUUACUUUUUAUAAUUUCUUUUGGUCAAUCAGAAUCUAUGAUACAAGACAGACAUUGUGUGAAUAGUUAUAAAUGUUAAUACAUUUACUUUCAAGUACUUUUUACUUUUUUUUUUUUUUUUUGCUUUCUUAAGUUAUUAAAGUUUAAAAGUUUUUGAGUACCUUAUUUAGAUCUGUUCUGUUGAAUUUGUUGAAGGUGAUGGUGAAGGGAGGAAAUGAUCAAUGCUCCAGGAAUCUCAAACUGGAUUUAGGGAUCUCUCCAAGGCUCCAUGAGAGAACAUCACAGAGAGAUGUUACGGUAUCAAUUUAUACAAUGACUACAACACAAUAAGCCAGCAUUAUAUGUCAUAGGUAAUUGGACAGGUAGGCCAGAGUUUAAAAGGAGAACUUGCCUUGAAAUAUCCACUUUAAGCAUGGUAGCUAGCAGAGAGGGCUUAUUAUGAGGUAAACUAUUGUGCUGGUAGUUCCCCCAUAUUUAUUCUAGGUGCUACUAUUCAGCUCCAGUUUCUUUUCAUUAAUCAAUGUGGUGAGAGCACAACCACACUGUUGCUUGGAAACACUGCUUGGGAACAUUGCUUAGGAAAGAAUCCUUGAAGGCAUUCUAAAGGGGAAGGACCAUUUCAACAAAUGUUCCUUCAGACCUUCCUUAUUCUUCAUAAUGGAAUCCUGGGCUUUCCACAUGACAUAUUCUAGUUAUCUGCUGGGAUUAGUAGGGCUGAUUACUUAGGCCUAGAAGGGAGAAUAGUAUCUGCUAGGGCUGGAUAGAGCAGAGUGGUGAAAGAGAUGAGAUGUGUUUACGCGAAUGAACAAAAACAGACUUGGAAAACCAGUGGAAUGAUAAUAACCUCUGCCUUUGAAGUGCUCUUAUAGCAGUCUUACUGAACUUAUCAUGAAAGGAGAGACACUCUUCCACUUGAAUGUUCUUUCCUAUGGUCUAGUGCUGGUCAAUACACUGGACCUUGGCUUGCUGGGUGUAAUGGAGUAUCUUUGUGCAGACUGUCAUUUGUACAGACAUUUACCUGGCUACCAGAAUAUUUAUGUUACCCAAGGGCACAAGAAAAUAGAAGUAUCAAAGAGGACAGGGCAUAAUUAACAUAAAAGACCAGAUACUUUGAAGUGAGGAAGUGUGGAUCUGAGUUACUCAGUAGAAGGUGAACCAGUUGGAUUCACUGUUGGAGGCAGGAGAGGUAAAGCAAAUAACCUUUGGCUACUUAGUUGAUAUGUUCAAUUUGAUCCAGCAGUUUAGGAAUGGCAAGUGGAGGAUAGAUGAAACUUAAAACUGGAGUACAUGUGCUUCUCAGAGAGGACAUAUUGUGGAUCCUUUGACAGAAAGGUUAAGUGUCUGCCUUUGGCUCAGGUUGUGAUCCCAGGGUCCUGGGAUCGAGUCCUGCAUGGGGUUCCCUGCUCCAUGGGGAGCCUGCUUCUCCCUCUGUCUCUACCUCUCUCUCUCUCCCCCUGUCUCUUUAAUGAAUAAAUAUUUUAAAAAAAAAGAAUAGCUAUUGAGAAUUUUAGCCAUACUUAGACUGUCAAAGUAAGGUGAGACAGAAGUACAGAAGUUCUGUCCUUGGCUAUUAAUUGAAUUUCACCAUUUGGUUGAUAGCACAGAUUACUCACCAUAGAUUAUUUAAAGUCUACAGCUCCUCACUUAACAGGAAGGUAUGAGAUGUCAGGAUGUUUCAGGAAACCAAGUGCACCAUCUACAAGAAGAAAAUUAUAGCUCCAAGGAAAGGUGAGCCCUGUCUUCAAGUCAUGAAGGAUUUUUGGAUGAAACAUCUGCAGAGGACCUGGAAGACUCACUGGGUAAGCCGGAGGGACAGCUCUAGGAAUAACUGAAGUGGAUGAUGCCACCUUUCUUAGUGUACAGUAUGGAGAAAAUGGUACUGUUCUCCUUAUAUACCAUUCCUAAGGCCAUGCCUUGUGCAUGUACUCUUCAUUAGUUGACAGUCACUGGUUUGUGGGAUUUAAGAUGAAGAUGAGCCUUCAAAAAUUAGUUUAUGAUUGACUGUUAAAGAUUAGAAUUUGUUCUUAGUAGAGUCCAUAAAAAUAUGACCAAUUACACAUUUUUUCUUGAUUAAAAUAUUUUAAAAAGUGUAAUAACUUUUAGUUUAGAAAACAUUAAGAUAAUUUCAGUAAUUUGGCUUCCUUUGAACUAGCCUAGAAGAAUCUUUUGGUUAAAAAUUAUAAAUACUAAAAAUAUAAAGUUAAUAAGAAUGUUAUACACUUUGGGUUAAAUCACUAAAACAGUACAAAUAGAAUGUGUUUCUUUCAAGCCAGAUAAAAAGAAAUGUUAAAACUCAAUCCAACAUAAGACAGGAAGGAGAAAAAAGGGCAAAGAAAAAUGAAAAAUAUGGUCAAAGAAAACCUAUAAUAAGACAGUAUAAUUACAAAUAUUUCAGAAUUGUAAUAAACAUAGAAUGAACCUUCUGUCAAAAGACAGCAAUGUUCAUGCUUAGUUUUUUAAUGUUUAAAUUAAAUAGUUAUAUGUACUUAGAAGGUAUAUACUUAGAAAAUGAGACAUGAAGAAACAACAGGCAUGUAAAUAAACCAAAAGAAAGCUGGUAUUGUAAUAUUAGUAGACAGUCUAUACUGAGGGAAAACCAUUACUAAAGAUAAAGCGAGACUUAAUAUAAAAGGAGUAAUGCACCAACAGGUUAUAACACUUAGGAACUUGUAUGAUCUAACAACAUAUUCUCAAAAGGUAUAAAAGGGUAAAAUUGAAAAUAACAAGAAAUGUUCAAGUCUGCAAAAAAAUGAAAUCGCCAUUCAUGAGUUCAGAGAAACCAGGCAAUGAGAAAGUAAAAACUUACACUAGAUGUUAGUACUUCAGUCUGUACUGCUUACUACCAAGUGUAUCACUGAUUACUGUUAAGUGUAGAAAAAAAUAAAAAUCUUAUCGCAGGUAUGGUUUUAUGACUGUAAAACUUUGACUUUUUCCAAAUAUGCCUCUGUGAAAACAACUUGCUUUUUAAAUAGAAAUGCCAGCAAAUAUACCUAUUCAGUAAAUCUUCUCUCUUUGGAUUAUUAAAAGGGGAGAAGCCCAUGAUCAUUUUGCCAGAUUUUUUCAUUGUUCAGUAAUAAAGAUGAAGGGAGAGAACCAGUGGUUCUAUGUUCCUUGAUUGUGUUCUCUCAUCUUUUCCCAUCAACUCUGAAAUAUUUUUCUUUCUCUCCUUAGCUGAUGAGAAGUUGGGGCACAGGAGAUUAGGUAAUUUGGCUAAGGUUAUAGCUUGUAAAACAGAAGAGCCUAGACUCAGACUUGAUGCCAGAGCUGCAGCACUAACACCACAAUCCAUCUCACUGAGUAUAUACUAAGGGCACUGUAUUAUGGGGUUAGAGGAAGCAAUAUAAUCAGAACCAAAGAUCUGAAGACCUAAAGUCUAAGUAAGAACCCUUAAUUGGAAUAGAGCAAUGAGUGUUUCAAAAUGAGGAAUUAUUCUUGAUUGCUAGAUUAUGAAAUAGAUGAGUGCCAAAACAGAAAUUAAAAAAAAAUACACCUUUAUCAUGAAAUAUGUUAUAUUUCUCAUUUGCUUUCAGUAGUUUCCUUUAUAUCCUAAGCCUACUUAUGUGUGCUGGUAUAAAUUGUUAAAAUUUUAAUAACUCUAUAGUCUCUCUUUCUUUUUCCUUAAGAUUACUUUAUUUCAGAGCACUGUUCCAAAUUCUUGAAUCCAAAAAUUCUCCUCUAAAGGGAAGUAUACUAUUGUAAAUUUCUGAAUCUAAGUAUUUUGAAAAUACUAUUUUACUAAUAAUGUAAGUACACAUUAAUCUCUAAACAUGAAAACAUAUCAAUAUUCAAGUUUUAUUUCAAUUGACUAUUAUAGUAACAAAGCCAGAGAAUUUUAUUAGAGCUCACAAACACUGAAACUUUUUCAUUUCAUACAUACAGUUUUAGUUUUAAUACAAAUGAACUUACGAAAAGACUCAUCUAUUUAACAAUUUUAAGUUCUAUGAAUUUACUGAACAUUUAUUACUGUAUUCUUACAACGUGUUUCCUAAUAAGCCUGCAGAAACCAGAUUAAAUGCCCUUUGACUCUAGUUAUUACCAAAGCCAAGUAUCACCCCAUUAGCUAAUGGGCCACCUACUGAAUAAUUCCUGGUUAGUUAUCUCAUACACAAGUCAAGGCAUGUUCUAAUUCCCCCUAAUUAGAGAUUUUAUUAGGAACUGCACAAAAUGUCAUAUUUUACAUUUUUAAUGAAAUGUAGGUAUUAGGUUGGACAUGGGCUACACCUUGAAGAAAUGUGAUAAAACCUAUGUUUAAUAUAGGUCUCUAAGCUAUCAUUUAAAUUGUAUUUUUAAAAAUGUAUAAAAAAGUAUUAAAAUCCUUGCUAACUUGGGAGCCAAGAACACCUCCAUCUUUUUUUUUUUUUUUUUUUUAAAUAAUUUCUUCAGAAUUAGGUUUAAAUCCAAGUUACAACGUCCCAAGUUAGCAAGGCACGAUGGGUGCCUUUUUGGUAUUUUUUGCAUGUAGAAUAUGACUUGUUAAUAUAAUCACACUGGUGUGUUAUAAAAAAUAUAUAGCAUUUUUUAGGUUGUCUUUAAAAAAUUACUUACUAAAGCAGUUUACAAAGGCUUUCACAUUAAGCAAAGAAUCUUCAAUCCUGAAUUUACUGCAUUAACUUUUUAUAUUUAAAUUUCUAUAAAACUUAUUUGCUGGAAACUCCCUACAUUUUUAAAAAGUAAACCUUUUAUUCCUCAGUUCAGUUUCAUUUUAUAACUCAUCCCUGGAAUGUAACUAAAUAAAAAUCAAGUAACAACGUAUAAGAAGCCCAUUUUGGUAUUAUAGAGAAGACUUUAAGCACAGAAAUGAAUUAUUGAUAAUAUGUAUGGUUCAUUGCACGAAAACUGAUGGUUAGAUUUUCACACCAUUUAAAAUAUGCAAGGAGUAUUUUUUGCUAAAUAUUAAGGAAAAAAUUGUUUAUGUUUGUUAUGACAUUGUCUAACCUAGCUUUAAAAAAUAAUUAUUAGUUAAUCCUCAAACUAGAAAGAUUUUUAUUUAAAUGUUGCCCACAUAAAAAUCAGCCUCUAGAAGGUAGUUAAUUCAUAACAUUUUAAGUAAAAUAUUUUUGGAUGUAACUGAUGUCAUAAAAUUAGUUUUCUGUCCUAAGGAGAAUAUAUGGGACUUCUUCCUUUUUCCAUAAUCUAUGGAGACCAUCUAAAAGUAGAGCUAUCCAUUCUGGGGCACAAAACCCAAUAUAAAUGUAUAACUAACUGUGUAUAGCUAAGUGUAAAAAUUAGGAAAUCAACCUGAUUUCAGAAAAGCAAAGGAAAAGUAGCGAAAACUUACUGCCUAACAUCAAGAGUGGUGAGAAGGAGACUACCAAGGUCAACCAAGUUAUCAAAACCCAUCAUUGGUAAGUCUGUAGAGGUAGCUGUUUGAAAUAUUCAUAUGUGAAGGUAGGUUAAGUUUGAGCUCAAGAGUUUUAAAUAAUUCUCUAAAGAUAGACACACAGGGCACAGGCAUGAAAAUCUAACUGGUAAACAUAGGAUUGUUGAAUUUAUUUUCAUUUUUCCUUUGUCACAGACAUUAGGAUGUAUGUGUUAUUUUAAUUGAAAACUGUUCUCACAAACAGUUGUAUAUAGCCUAAAUAAAAUAAUCCUAAGGUUAACCUUAAUGGCCAGCAUUUGGAUAGUACAGGAAUAAUUUACUUUAUAUUAGUAUCUUUUAAAAAUAAUUUGCAUAAUCGGAUACUAAUAAAGAUUUUAGAAAGUUUCUUUUAUGUGUUGCUAAAAAUAUUUAAGUGGAUAUAUUAUAUAAUUUGCUUUGCUUUGGUACCAAAGUUAGACAUGUUAAAAACAAAGAUCUUAAAUAUGAUUAGCAAGAAACACACUGAAAUUAUUAAAACCAUCUCAAAUUAUUGAUGUAUACUUUAAAAUUAUUAUCUUUUAGAUGUUUUCUCCAAAACAUCAAAGGAAAAAAAUGCUUUUUUGGUAAUAUUUUUGUGUUGAUUAAGCAUUUCCUUUAUAUAUUAUCAUUGGUCAUUUCAGAAUCUAUGAGGCUAAAGAUGAGGGUUUAGUCUCCAUAUCUCUGUCCAUUUUGAUAUCCUAACUUGCAGCAAAAAAAGGACCUUGGUAGUUAAAAGCUAGAACAUUUACCUCUUAAAACCUAUUACAGCUGUUUUUGCUAUUAUUGGUAUCUUAAGUUCCCUAUAAAAUAAGAGCCAGAUAUCACAAUUUAAGCAUAACAGUUUUGGGGGUUUGUUGUUGUUGUAUAUUAAUGACUUUCAUAUUAUCUCCAUUUUUCUGUAAUUUAUAUCUGGAGAGAAAAAUAAAGUAGUCCCAUCUUUAUAGAGUUGAAUUAAUGUACUGUGAAAGUGCAUCAUGACCUUUUGGUAAAGUGUAAAAUUGCCUAAAAUAAAUUAGCUAAGAAAAACACUUCAAAUAGAAAUCUUACUCUGAAGGAAAAUGCAGUUACUCUUGGAUUCUUGAAACUUACAAAAGUUUUAGAAAAAAUAAUGCCUUGGUAUAUACCAAAUAAGCCUGAAUAUCAAAUAUGGGAUUAAAAUGAAAAUGCCAGACAAGUGGAGUAUUAAAUAGAAUGUUUCAUGAUAUUUUUGCCUACGGCUCUAAUUAUAGAAUACUAGACGUUAACACAUAGCAUGUUACUUUCAUAAUAAAGGUAGCAAAAUAAAAUAUUCUCAAUAGCUGGAGUGGUCUUAGGAUGUGCCAGAAUAAUUUAUAUAACUAUGUUAUUACAUUUUAUUUCUCUACAUAGAUAUUUUAGCCCAGAAACAUUUUGGCAAUAUACCCAAAAAGAAGAUACAUCAAUGGACAAUUCAUUAUUCUUUAUGAGGCAAGAUAAAAAAAAUUAAUUUAUAAUUGGGUUAUCUUCCUAAUGUUAUAGAAGGUUUUAAUAUAUAAUUCUUACUCUUUUCAACAGAAGUGCAAACUAGCUUUAGGUUUUAUAAUAGACAUGAAAUCAAAAUAGCAAAAAAAAUAAGACUCUUUUCUAGUAUUGUGCAAAUUUCAAUAAAUGCUAGAUAAAAUUACAUGUAGUCAGUUUAAAUGUUGCUUAUUUAUCUUACUUUUAAUUGUUUUAUUAUUAAUCCAGGCUUGUAUAUAAGGAAUAUAAUGUUUUACAGAAGAAAGUUGGGACAUACAUUAAGCAGGCAGCAUUUAAAGAAAAGUUGGCAUGGCCAUUUUUAAAUUUUAACCAAGUGUUGCAUUUCUUAAUCAUAAAAAACUUAUGUAAGAGUAGCCAUAGCGUCUUUGUAUUUAAAAGGUGAAAUACAAUGUUAUGGGUUAAGUUCAUUCAAAGUUAACGUUUUGAAAGCCUAGAAAGCUCACAAGCUAAGACCUGAAUGAAAAGAUAAACAGGAAUAACGAUAUUGUCACAGUGUUAAAGGAAAAAAAUAUGUAUUGAAUCUGACAUGAUAUAUGCAACGAAUGCUUAUAGCCCUUGCUGAGAUGCUAUAAGAACCCUUACACUUUUGGUGUGAAUGACAAAAGAGGGUCAGAAUAGAUACAGAGAUCUAUUUAAGCACGUUUAAGAACAGUGUCUACUCUGGUCGUAGUAACUGGUAUAAAAUAAACAGUCAUAAUAUGACAAUUCCAGAUAUUAUAUAUAUAAAUGAUCUUUACAUGUAUUAAUAUGUCAAAAUUUCUAAUGUAAAUCUAAAGUUUGUUUUAUAAAAAAGUAUUUUAUGUAAGUAAAGUAUAUACAAACUUAAAUACAGCAAAGCCAAAAUGAUGUGGAAGCUAGAAUCCCAUUAUCUCCCCAGAAAGAUAGUGUUUUUUAAAAUUUGCUAUAUUACAACAAACGGCCUGUUGCUAUGUAUAUUCUGUAUAUGCCGUGGUUAUGUCUACAAAUAAUGAAACAUCUGGAAUAAAUCUGAAAAAUCCAAACACCAAAAAUGUUUUUAAGUGCUUAUUUACAUUAUCAUGUUCAUAAGAUAGCCAGAUAAUGACAAAAUUUUUCAAACUUUCUCAAGGUUAUUUGUUGCUUUAUAGAGUUAUGACCUUUGUUCUCUUUGUUACAAGUUAGAAGUGUGUUAUUUAAAUGUGUGUGAAAUUAAUAAAGGAAACCAUGAUUUUUAUCCUGCACCUCCAAUGUUCUGGCUACUAAGAUUUCUUUAAUG